UACACGUACAUACAGUGCAUACAGUGUAUAUACACUAAAAAUGCUGAUCGUAGAACUUCCACCAGAACUCUUUAUUGAAUUUUGCAUUUUAUUAUCACCAACUGAUUUAUUUACACUUUCUCAAGUAUGUCGUAAAUUUCGGGAAUAUUUAUGCGCUCCAAAUUCUUUUUCUACUCAACAAAUAUGGAAAGAAUCCCGAUUAAAUUUUAUGCCAAAAGAAAUUAUGCCUCCACCAGAAGGGAUGACCGAAAAAAAAUAUGUUGAAUUAUUAAUGACAGAACGAGGUUGUCAAAUUUGUAAACGAAUUAUGGAGUGUAAAAUUUAUUGGGAAUUUGAAGUUAGAUGUUGUGAAAAAUGUCGUAAUAAAAAAACCAUUUAUCGACAUGAAUUAACACUUAAAAUGAAAUAUCCGUCGGAAUUUACUAACAUUAUGCCAUACACCGAUUAUGGAAUCGGUAAUUAUUAUUGGAUAGAACAAAUAGAUCUUGCAUAUUCUCAAUAUAAUAAUUUAUCAAAAGAAAAUUUACAAUCUUGGUUAAAUGAUAAAAAACGUACGUUUGAUUCUAUAAUGGAAUAUGCUGAACUACGAAAAUUGAAUGAAGAAAAACUUAACCGUUUUCCUUUUUCGUUUGAUUCGCUACCAAUAUUUUCCGAAACUUUGUUUAAUAGAGAUUUUAGAGAUUUUAGCAGUGAUUGGAUAGGUCGUAUAAAUCAGAUUUAUAGGAGUAUGUGUUGGGUCUGUGAAAAUUGUACGAAUAACGAUAUUGAAAAUGUACAACAACUAGUUCAAUUUCAUAUUCAAAGACUUGAAAAUCAGCCUACUUGCUGUUGUAGUCAAACAAAUAUAAAAGUUGGGUUACAAUUAAAAAACAAUUAUCAUAAAAAUUCUAAUGAAUCAAAAAGAAAUAAUUAUAUUAAAACUAGAAAUAACAAAUCUAACAUGAAAGGAAAAAAUUUUAGAAAAAAAUUAUUUUAUAGAUAUGGUUAA